AUGGAUUAUAGAAGAGCUAUAGAACUGUUAAUUCAAACAGGAUGUACAGUUAAUUCUAAAGAGAAUGAUGCAGGUUCUGCAUUACUGAUUGCAGCAAGCUAUGGGCAUAUUAAAGCUCUACAAUUGUUAAUUAAUAUCGGGUGUGGAGUUAAUUAUGUUGAUACAAACGGUUGGACAGCAUUACAUUUUGCAACAUGUAAUGGACAUGAAAAAGCAAUAAAGCUGUUAAUUCAAGCAGGCUGUGAUGUUAAUUUAAUUGGAAAAGAUGGAUGGACUGCAUUAAAGCUUGCUUCAAUCAAUGGACAUGAAAACGCUAUAGAAAUGUUAAACCAAGCGGGAUGUGAUAUGAAUAUUGUUGACAGCUUUCAUUGUACUGCAUUAAUGCUUGCUUCGAUCAAUGGACAUAAAAAAGCAAUAGAACUAUUAAAUAAAGCCGGCUGUGAUGUUAAUGUUGUUGACAUUUUUGGAUUAAAUGCAUUAAUGCUUGCUUCGAUCAAUGGACAUAAAAAAGCUAUAGAACUGUUAAUUCAAGCCGGCUCUGAUGUUAAUAUAGUUGAUCAAAAUGGAACGACUGCACUAAUGCUUGCCUCUCAGAAUGGACAUGAAAAAGCGAUAGAACUGUUAAUUAAAGCCAAAUGUGAAGUUAAUGUAGUUGAUCAAAAUGUAAAGACUGCACUAAUGCUUGCUUCUCAGAAUGGACAUGAAAAAGCGAUAGAACUGUUAAUUAAAGCCAAAUGUGAAGUUAAUGCAGUUGAUCAAAAUGGAAAGACUGCACUAAUGCUUGCCUCUCAGAAUGGACAUGAAAAAGUGAUAGAAAUGUUAAUUAAAUCAAAAUGUGAAUUUAAUGUAGUUGAUGAAAAUAGGAAGAAUGCACUAAUGCUUGCUUCUCAGAAUGGACAUGAAAAGGCGAUAGAAUUGUUAAUUAAAGCCAAAUGUGAAGUAAAUGUAGUUGAUCAAAAUGGAAAGACUGCACUAAUGCUUGCCUCUAAGAAUAGACAUGAAAAAGCGAUAGAACUGUUAAUUCAAGCCGGCUCUGAUAUUAAUUUAGUUGAUAAAGAUGGAUGGACUGCACUAAUGCUUGCCUCUCAGAAUAAACAUGAAAAAGCGAUAGAACUGUUAAGUAAAGCCAAAUGUAAAAUGAAUAUCCUUAAUAAAGAUGGAUGGACUGGCCUUAUGCUUGCCUCUAAAGAUGGGCAUGAAAGAGUGAUAGAACUGUUAAUUCAAGCCGGAUCUGAUGUUAAUAUAGUUCAUCAAAAUGGAACGACUGCACUAAUGCUUGCCUCUCAGAAUGGACAUGAAAAAGUGAUAGAACUGUUAAUUCAAGCCAAAUGUGAAGUUAAUGUAGUUGAUCAAAAUGUAAAGACUGCACUAAUGCUUGCUUCUCAGAAUGGACAUGAAAAGGCGAUAGAAUUGUUAAUUAAAGCUAAAUGUGAAGUUAAUGUAGUUGAUGAAAAUGGAAAGAAUGCACUAAUGCUUGCUUCUCAGAAUGGACAUGAAAAGGCGAUAGAAUUGUUAAUUAUAGCUAAAUGUAAAGUUAAUGUAGUUGAUCAAAAUGGAAAGACUGCACUAAUGCUUGCUUCUCAGAAUGGACAUGAAAAGGCGAUAGAUUUGUUAAUUAAAGCCAAAUGUGAAGUUAAUGUAGUUAAUCAAAAUGGAAAGACUGCACUAAUGCUUGCUUCUCAGAAUGGACAUGAAAAGGCGAUAGAUUUGUUAAUUAAAGCCGAAUGUGAAUUUAAUGUAGUUGAUCAAAAUGGAAAGACUGCACUAAUGCUUGCCUCUCAGAAUGGACAUGAAAAAGCGAUAGAACUGUUAAUUAAAGCCAAAUGUGAAGUUAAUGUAAUUGAUCAAAAUGGAAAGACUGCACUAAUGCUUGCCUCUCAGAAUGGACAUGAAAAAGCGAUAGAGCUGUUAAUUCAAGCCAAAAGUGAAGUUAAUAUUGUUAAUACAGAUGGAUGGACUGCUCUAAUGCUUGCCUCUAAGAAUGGACAUGAAAAAGCGAUAGAACUUUUAAUUCCAGCCAAAUGUGAAGUUAAUAUUGUUAAUACAAAUGGAUGGACUGCACUAAUGAUAGCCUCUAAGAAUGGACAUGAAAAAGCGAUAGAAUUAUUAAUUCAAGCCGACUCUGAUGUUAAUUUAGUUGAUAAAGAUGGAUGGACUGCAGUAAUGCUUGCCUCUCAGAAUGGACAUGAAAAAGCGAUAGAACUGUUAAUUCAAGCCAAAUGUCAAGUUAAUAUUGUUAAUACAGGUGGGUGGACUGCACUAAUGCUUGCCUCUAAGAAUGGACAUGAAAAAGCGAUAGAAUUGUUAAUUCAAGCCGACUCUGAUGUUAAUUUAGUUGAUAAAGAUGGAUGGAAUGCACUAAUGCUUGCCUCUAAAAAUGGAUAUGAAAAAGCGAUAGAAUUGUUAAUUCAAGCGGGCUCUGAUAUAAAUUUAGUUGAUAAAGAUGGAUGGAAUGCACUAAUGCUUGCCUCUAAAAAUGGAUAUGAAAAAGCGAUAGAAUUGUUAAUUCAAGCGGGCUCUGAUAUUAAUUUAUUUGAUAAAGAUGGAAGGACUGCACUUAUGCUUGCCUCUGAAGAUGGACAUGAAAAAGCGAUAGAACUGUUAAUUCAAGCCAAAUGUGAAGUUAAUAUACUUAAUAAAGAUGGAAGGACUGCACUUAUGCUUGCCUCUAAUAAUGGACAUGAAAAUGCGAUAGAACGGUUAAUUCAAGCCAAAAGUGAUGUUAAUAUAGUUGAUACGGAUGGAUGGACUGCACUAAUGCUUGCCUCGCUCAAUGAAUAUAUAAAAGCGAUAGAACUGUUAAUUAAAGCGAAAUGUGAAAUAAAUAUAGGUUAUAAAAAUGGAUGGACUGCAUUGAUGGUGGCAUCGCAGAAUGGACAUGAAAAAGCGAUAGAAGUGUUAAUUCAAGCCGGCUCUGAUGUUAAUAUAGUUAAUCAAAAUGGAUGGACUGCACUGAUGAUUGCAUCGCAGAAUGGACAUGAAAAAGCGAUAGAAGAGUUAAUUCAAGCCAAAUGUAUAGUUAAUAUACUUAAUAAAGUUGGAGAGACUGGACUUAUGCUUGCCCCUAAUAAUGGACAUGAAAAAGCGAUAGAAUUGUUAAUUCAAGCCGGCUCUGAUGUUAAUAUAGUUAAUAAAAAUGGAUGGACUGCACUGAUGAUUGCAUCGCAGAAUGGACAUAAAAAGGCGAUAGAUUUGUUAAUUAAAGCCAAAUGUGAAGUUAAUGUAGUUGAUCAAAGUGGGAUGACUGCACUAAUGCUUGCAUCUCAGAAUGGACAUGAGAAGGCGAUAGAACUGUUAAUUAAAGCCAAAUGUGAAGUUAAUGUAGUUGAUCAAAGUGGGAAGACUGCACUAAUGCUUGCCUCUCAGAAUGGACGUAAAAAAGUGAUAGAACUGUUAAUUAAAGCCAAAUGUGAAGUUAAUGUAGUUGAUCAAAAUGGAACGACUGCACUAAUGCUUGCCUCUAAGAAUGGACAUGAAAAAGCGAUAGAACUGUUAAUUCAAGCCAAAUGUGAAGUUAAUAUACUUAAUAAAGAUGGAAGGACUGCACUUAUGCUUGCCUCUAAUAAUGGACAUGAAAAAGCGAUAGAACGGUUAAUUCAAGCCAAAAGUGAUGUUAAUAUAGUUGAUACGGAUGGAUUGACUGCACUAAUGCUUGCCUCGCUCAAUGAAUAUAUAAAAGCGAUAGAACUGUUACUUCAAGCGAAAUGUGAAAUAAAUAUAGGUUAUAAAAAUGGAUGGACUGCACUGAUGGUUGCAUCGCAGAAUGGACAUGAAAAAGCGAUAGAAGUGUUAAUUCAAGCCGGCUCUGAUGUUAAUAUAGUUAAUCAAAAUGGAUGGACUGCACUGAUGAUUGCAUCGCAGAAUGGACAUGAAAAGGCGAUAGAUUUGUUAAUUAAAGCCAAAUGUGAAGUUAAUGUAGUUGAUCAAAGUGGGAAGACUGCACUAAUGCUUGCCUCUAAGAAUGGACAUGAAAAACCGAUAGAACUGUUAAUUAAAGCCAAAUGUGAAGUUAAUGUAGUUGAUCAAAGUGGGAAGACUGCACUAAUGCUUGCCUCUAAGAAUGGACAUGAAAAAGCGAUAGAACUGUUAAUUAAAGCCAAAUGUGAAGUUAAUGUAGUUGAUCAAAGUGGGACGACUGCACUAAUGCUUGCCUCUAAGAAUGGACAUGAAAAAGCGAUAGAACUGUUAAUUAAAGCCAAAUGUGAAGUUAAUGUAGUUGAUCAAAGUGGGAAGACUGCACUAAUGCUUGCAUCUAAGAAUGGACAUGAAAAAGCGAUAGAACUGUUAAUUCAAGCCGGCUCUGAUGUUAAUAUAGUUGAUCAAAAUGGAACGACUGCACUAAUGCUUGCCCCGUUCACAGGAAAUGAAAAAGUGAUAGAACUGUUAAUUAAAGCCAAAUGUGAAGUUAAUGUAGUUGAUCAAAGUGGGGAGACUGCACUAAUGUCAGCCUCGUUCACAGGUACUGAAAAAACGAUAGAAUUGUUAAUUCAAGCGGGCUCUGAUGUUAAUUUAGUUGAUAAAGAUGGAUGGACUGCACUAAUGCUUGCAUCGUUCAACGGACGUGAAAAAGCAAUAGAACUGUUAGUUAAAGCCAAAUGUGAAGUAAAUGUAGCUGAUCAAAAUGGAAAGACUGCACUAAUGCUUGCCUGUCAGAAUGGACAUGAAACACUUGCAGAACAAUUGAUUAAAUCCCACAACGUUCCUAAUUUUAGUACAAUUGGAUGUAAAGCACUUUCCAUUAGGCAAAGGCAUGAAAAAGCGAUAGAGCUCUUAAUUCAAGCCGGCUCUGAUGUUAAUUUAGUUGAUAAAAAUGGAAAGACUGCACUAUUCAUUGCCUCUUAUAAUAGACAUGAAAAAGCGAUAGAAAUGUUAAUUCAAGCCAAAUGUAACGUUAACAUUAUUAGUACAGAUGGAUGGACUGUACUUAUGUUUGCCUCGUUCAAUGGAUAUGAAAAGGUGAUAGAGCUGUUAAUUCAAGCCGGCUCUGAUGUUAAUUUAGUUCAUAAAGAUGGAUGGACUGCACUAAUGCUUGCCUCUAAGAAUGGGCAUAAAAAAGCGAUAGAAUUGUUAAUUCAAGCCGGCUCUGAUGUUAAUAUAGUUGAUCAAAAUGGAACGAAUGCACUAAUGCUUGCCUCUAAGAAUGGACAAGAAAAAGCGAUAGAACUGUUAAUUCAAGCCAAAUGUGAUGUUAAUAUUGUUAAUACAGAUGGAUGGACUGCCCUAAUGCUUGCCUCUAAGAAUGGAUAUGAAAAAGCAAUAGAUUUGUUAAUUCAAGUGGGCUCCGAUGUUAAUAUAGUUGAUAAAAAUGGAAAGACUGCACUAAUCCAUGCCUCUCAGAAUGAACAUGAAAAAGCGAUAGAACUGUUACUUCAAGCCAAAUGUAAAGUUAAUAUUGUUAAUACAGAUGGAUGGACUGCACUAAUGCUUGCCUCUAAGUUUGGGCAUGAAAAAGCGAUAGAGCUUUUAAUUCAAGCCGGUUCUAAUGUUAAUGUAGUUCAUAAAAAUGAUGGAUGGACUGCACUAAUGCUUGCCUCUAGGAAUGGACAUUUAAAAGCGAUAAAACUGUUAAUUCAAGCCGGCUCUGAUGUUAAUAUAGUUAAUAAAAAUGGAGAGACUGCACUAAUGUUUGCCUCAUUCAAUAAACAUGAAAAAGAGAUAGAACUGUUAAUUAAAGCCGGCUCUGAUGUUAAUUUAGGUGAUAAAGAUGGAUGGACUGCACUAAUGCUUGCCUCUAAGAAUGGACAUGAAAAAGCGAUAGAACUGUUAAUUCAAGCCGGCUCUGAUGUUAAUAUAGUUAAUAAAAAUGGAGAGACUGUACUGAUGUUUGCCUCAUUCAAUAAACAUGAAAAACAGAUAGAACUGUUAAUUAAAGCCGGCUCUGAGGUUAAUUUAGUUGAUAAAGAUGGAUGGACUGCACUGAUGCUUGCUUCUCAGAAUGGACAUAAAAAAGCGAUAGAAUUGUUAAUUAAAGCCGGCUCUGAUGUUAAUAUAGUUGAUAAAAAUGGAACGACUGCACUAAUGCUUGCCUCUGAUGAUGGACAUGAAAAGGCGAUAGAACUGUUAAUUAAAGCCAAAUGUGAAGUUAAUGUAGUUGAUCAAAGUGGGAAGACUGCACUAAUGCUUGCCUCUCAGAAUGGACAUGAAAAGGCGAUAGAACUGUUAAUUAAAGCCAAAUGUGAAGUUAAUGUAGUUGAUCAAAGUGGGAAGACUGCACUAAUGCUUGCCUCUCAGAAUGGACAUGAAAAGGCGAUAGAACUGUUAAUUAAAGCCAAAUGUGAAGUUAAUGUAGUUGAUCAAAGUGGGAAGACUGCACUAAUGCUUGCAUCUCAGAAUGGACAUGAAAAGGCGAUAGAACUGUUAAUUAAAGCCAAAUGUGAAGUUAAUGUAGUUGAUCAAAGUGGGAAGACUGCACUAAUGCUUGCAUCUCAGAAUGGACAUGAAAAGGCGAUAGAACUGUUAAUUAAAGCCAAAUGUGAAGUUAAUGUAGUUGAUCAAAGUGGGAAGACUGCACUAAUGCUUGCAUCUCAGAAUGGACAUGAAAAAGCGAUAGAACUGUUAAUUAAAGCCAAAUGUGAAGUUAAUACAGUUAAUAAAGAUGGAAAGACUGCACUAAUGCUUGCCUCGUUUAAAGGACAUAUAAACGCGCUAGGUUUGUUAAUUCAAGCCGGCUCUGAUGUUAAUAUAGUUGAUACAGUUGGAUGGACUGCACUAAUGUCUGCCUCGUUCAAUGGACAUGAAAAGGCGAUAGAACUGUUAAUUAAAGCCAAAUGUGAAGUUAAUACAGUUAAUAAAGAUGGAAAGACUGCACUAAUGCUCGCCUCGUUUAAAGGACAUAUAAACGCGCUAGGUUUGUUAAUUCAAGCCGGCUCUGAUGUUAAUAUAGUUGAUACAGAUGGAUGGACUGCACUAAUGUCUGCCUCGUUCAAUGGACAUGAAAAGGCGAUAGAAAGGUUAAUUCAAGCCGGCUGUGAUGUUAAUUUAAAAGAAAAAGACGGAAUGACUGCAUUAAUGUUUGCCUUUAAGAAAAGACACGAAGAAGCUACUGCAGCUUUAAUUCAGUCCGGUUGUGAUGUUAAUAUUGUAGAUAAAGAUGCAAUGACUGCUUUAAUGCUUGCAGCUCAGAAUAGACACAAAAGAGCUGUAAAAGUCUUAUUAAAAUGUUUAAUUGCAUUUAACAAACUUGAUUUGGAAGUAACCAAUAUAUUGUGCAGCUGUAUAAAGAGCUUUGGCAACAACAAUCCUAAUAACUUAGAAAGCGCUCUUUGUCUAUUAUUAAAGAUUGCAGAAUAUGAUCCGCAUCUGCUGAAAAAUAACAAAACGCUAAUUGAAGCAAUGGAAACCCUAAUGAAACAUAGCUCACCUACAUUGCAAAAUAUGUUAUCCUCUAUACUUUGGCAUGUCAACAAGACUUCUCUUUCUUUUGAAAAAAAUCUAGAUAAAUAUCUAUCACCUAAUGUACCAGCUAAGUGGAAGAUGAGCCAAAGAAUAAUUGGAGCAGGCUCAAAUGGAUGUGUUUACAUAGUAGAGAGUGAAGAUUUUGUAUCUGAUAAAAAGCUAGUAGUAAAAGAAAUUAAAACUCCAGUAGAAAAUUUGCCAAAAUGUCUAACAGAAGCCACUAUUCUAUUGAAACUGCAUCACAACAGAAUUAUAGAGUUCUUUGGCUUUGAAAUAAAAGAAAGUAUACUGUAUUUAUUUUUCGAAUACAUGCCUCUAGGUUCUUUAAAAGACUAUAUAAAGAAAAACGGCAGUCUCAAUGAAACCAAAGUAUUUAGAUUUACCAAGCAAAUACUUAAAGGUGUUUCAUAUCUUCACAACUUUGAUCCCCCUGUUAUCCACAGAGAUAUUAAAGGAGGCAACAUAUUAAUGAAAGAUGAAAAUAACAUAAUGCUGGCAGAUUUUGGAAUUUCAAAAAUACUAGAAUCAACGAGUCCAAGAACAUUUAUAGGCACAGCUAAAUACAUGGCGCCUGAAGUUGUUUUGGCGGAUAACGAUACAGCUUACACUAUAAAGGCUGACAUUUGGAGUGUCGGCUGUACAAUUGUUGAAAUGGUUACAGGAAAGCCACCAUUUCCGAAGUUCCUAGAGCAACAGAUUAUUUUCUGGCAUGCAAACAGCAAAAGACCAGUGUAUGAACUACCCGCUAGCACGUCAAAUGCAUUGCGAGAACUACUGGAUCAAAUAUUUAAUUUGAAUCCCACUGAGAGACCGACGUCAGACGAGCUGCUUCAACGUUUUCGUUUUUAA